AUGAACAGGACUCAGACUGUCUCUUUGGAAAAACUAGAACCAGGUUUUGUGGAAGGGUCGGGAGUCUUCAGCGGUUUUCUCAGAGAAAACCGUUCCCAAACUCGUGACCCUCCUCGCUCUCAGCCCGACUCCACUCCUCAGUUUCUGUCUCUGCAGCUCCACGUCAGUCCACUCAGAGUCUCUGCCCACAGGCCGCUUUUCUCCACAUCACUGCCCAAGUUUCCCUGAGUCUGCACACAACUGGACCGUGUGUGUGUGUGUGUGUGUGUGUGUGUGUGUGUGUGUGUGUGUGUGUGUGUGUGUGUGUGUGUGUCCCAUAAACACUGAUCCUUGUCUCACUCAUCCGCUCCAUUACUGAGGCAGGAAUCUGUGUCAGCCCGGCCCGCUAUCCCACAAUGGAUCUCAUUCAUGGAGAGAGGACGCACCAACAUUUGUGGAGAAGAAGCGUACAGAUAAUAACUCACAGGCAUGAGGAACUUUAACUGUGUGAUGUCUCUGCUUCAUGGACCUGAACUCAAACUCAGAGACAGGACUGAACACGUGUACCUUACAGGUGAGCUUUGGGGUUAGUCUGGAUCGAGGAGUCAGAGUUAGACUGACUGUUUCUCACACCAACACCUUCGUUUAAACCCCUGAGCUCAGUCCGGUUUUAACCAGAGGAGUUCUAGUGCCCUUUUUUUUUUCGUUGGAUGGUAGGGGAAGGUCCCGCCCUCCUUCGCCUCUGAUUGGCUAGAAAAGGUGGGCUCAGAUUGGUUAUUCCUUAUGGUUGUGAAAUGUCAUCACAUGCUCAAGCCGAACAGAACAUUGGAAACAGAACAUUAUCAUGAUUCUGAAUCUCCGAACCCUAACCCAACAGACGAUGACGUUUCACAGCUGUAAUAACCAAUCUAGCUAGUAAGGUUCAGAGCUGAAGCCAGCUACAGCGCUAGCAGUCAGCCAGGUGGACCACCAACAGUCAGAGCAGGAGGCGGGCACCCUGGCAUCAGCUACAAGAGCCGGGGCAAGAGGCGGUGUCGCUACCCGGACCAUCCCAGAAACACGAUUUGUUCUGCGAAUUCUGCGAAAUGUACGUCACUUCCUCUACUAGCCAUCUUCACGACAGCUCCGAUAUCAGCGAGCUCGCUACAGUCAGAACGGACGCUUCAGUUUAUAACAGCCACGCGCUUUUCUUUUUCUCCUGAACGCAGUUCUUCCCCGACUGAAGCACAGCGCCGGAAAGUCAAGAGAAUGGCGCCCAGUUUCUCGAUUAAAGGUUCUUACUAUGAGCUUAAUUGUAAAAUUGUAACGUAGUUCGGAAAGGCUUGACUGAAUGUGAAUAUUUUAGUGUUGAAAUUGAACGCUGUAUAAAAACGCUGAAAUGGCACGUCAGUGUACUUUAUGGCAGUGAGUCGAUACCAAGAUCUGUACUGCACUAAUGCAAAUUACCGUAUUUUCCGCACUAUAAGGCGCACCGGAUUAUAAGGCGCACCUUCAAUGAAUGGCCUAUUUUAAAACUUUGUUCAUAUAUCAGGCGCACCGCAUUAUAAGGCGCAUAGAAAAGACGCUACAGUAGAGGCGGGGGUUACGUUAUGCAUCCAUUAGAUGGAGCUGCGCUAAAGGGAAUGUCAACAAAACAGUCAGAUAGGUCAGUCAAACUUUAUUAAUAGAUUACAAACCAGCGUUCUAACAACUCCGUUCACUCCCAAAAUGAAUAAACAGCUGUUUUCACGCACAAAUGGAAAUGAAACAGCACGCCUCACGCGGUCAUAUAUCCCAGUAUGCACCGCGCGCUUCUUCUUCUUCUACGGGGGAAAAUGAAGUCGGCGGCUGCUUACCGUAGUUGUGAGACCUGUUGUGCCUCAAUAUUGGUCCACAUAUAAGGCGCACCGGAUUAUAAGGCGCACUGUCAGCUUUUGAGAAAAUUUGAGGUUUUUAGGUGCGCCUUAUAGUGCGGAAAAUACGGUAACCUUAAAAACUUGAUUGAAGCUGUGGAGACGUGUCGAAACCCUCAGAAUUAAACUGAAUAAUAAACUCAUAAAUAAGGAUCAGGUCUUUGUUCCAGGUUCAUGUGGAGGGGAUUCCCACACAGACUAAACUCACGUCCUGAGGCGACCCCCCUCUGAGUCUGCUGAUGGACCCUGAGAACAGUUUACUGUGACCUGACUUCUCUUUACAUCAGCUUCCCCUGAGCUCUCCUCCCAUUGGACGAAACCCCGUCCCAAGGCCAGGCGAACUUCCUGCUGCAGACACAACAACCUGGAGGGAAGCGUGCUGCCGCCGCAGCCCCGACUGUGAGCCCAGACCCUCUCUGUACGAGAAACCAGAGCUCAUCACCGCCCCGGGUCAGCGUCCUGAUUCUGAACGUCAGAGAUCGAACGUUUCUUUGUGA